CCGUCCAUCCAAGGCCACCCCCUCUCGCUUCACCGCCGCCGCCGCUUGUCUCGGUCCCGCCCCCAACCCAGAGGCAGAAACCCCGCCGAAAAACCCUAGCCAUGGACGCCGCCGCGCUGGAAGCGCUCAUCCUGGACCUCCACGCCAUCGAGGCCGUCAAGCUGGGUUCCUUCGUGCUCAAGUCCGGCAUCACCUCCCCCAUCUACCUCGACCUCCGCACGCUCGUCGCCCACCCGCGCUUCCUCUCCGCCAUCGCGUCGCUCCUCCACGCCCUCCCCGCCACGCACCCAUACGACCUUGUCUGCGGCGUCCCAUACACCGCGCUCCCCAUCGCCACCGUCCUCUCCGUCGACCGCUCCGUCCCCAUGCUCAUGUGCCGCAACGAGGUCAAGGCCCACGGCACCGCCAAGUCCAUCGAGGGAUCGUUCCGUCCGGGUGACACCGUCCUCAUCAUCGAGGACCUCGUCACCAGCGGUGCCUCCGUGCUCGAAAUCGCCGCUCCGCUCCGCGCCGAGGGGCUCGUGGUCGCCGACGCCGUCGUCGUCAUCGACCGAGAGCAGGGCGGGAGGGAGAAUCUCGCCGCCAAUGGCAUCAUGCUGCACUCUCUCAUGACCCUCACGGAGGUGCUCGCCGUGCUUUUGAAGCACGGGAAGGUGAGCGAAGAGAGAGCGGAGGAGGUGAGGCUGUUCCUCAACGCAAACAGGAAGGUGGCGGUGCCGGGGGUGCCUGUUAAACCCAAGGUGAUUAGGGAAUCAUUUGAGGAGAGGGCGAGAUUGGCCACCAACCCUAUGGGGAGGAAGCUCUUCGAGGUGAUGGAGGCCAAGCAGAGCAACCUGUGUGUAGCUGCGGAUGUUGGGACAGCAAAGGAGCUCCUUGAGCUGGCCGAGAAGAUCGGCCCCGAGAUUUGUAUGUUGAAAACUCAUGUGGAUAUAUUGUCUGAUUUCACACCAGACUUUGGCUCCAAGCUUCGCUCGAUUGCUGAAAAGCACAACUUUUUGAUCUUCGAAGACCGCAAGUUUGCUGACAUCGGAAAUACAGUAACAAUGCAAUUCGAAGGAGGAAUAUUCCGCAUAUUGGACUGGGCUGAUAUUGUUAAUGCGCAUAUAGUACCUGGGCCUGGAAUUGUAGAUGGCUUGAAGCUGAAGGGUUUGCCUAAAGGAAGAGGGCUACUUCUGCUUGCUGAAAUGAGUUCCGCUGGCAACCUUGCUCAUGGAGAUUACACUGCUGCAGCUGUAAAGAUUGCUGAGCAGCAUUCUGACUUUGUGAUUGGAUUUAUAUCCGUAAAUCCUGCAUCUUGGUCAGCAGCACCAUCAAGUCCAGCAUUUAUCCAUGCCACUCCUGGAGUUCAGAUGGUCGCUGGAGGAGAUGCUCUUGGGCAACAAUACAGCACUCCUUAUUCUGUUAUAAACGACAGAGGCAGUGACAUAAUUAUAGUUGGUCGUGGGAUUAUAAAGGCGAGUGAUCCUGCUGAGACGGCAAGGGAGUACCGCAUCCAAGGGUGGCAAGCCUACCAAUCGAGCUUGUCAUGAGGAUGUGUAAACAUCCCAGUAUAUAGGCGUUCAGGCCAUUGAUGUAAUAAGAGCUUGUCCCAUCGUCGCUGUGCUACAUCUACCCUAAUCAAUCCAUAUCACAUCGUUUGCUACAAUAAUCUCCUUUAUGUUCAUUGCGUUGCUGUUGCUUGGGUGUUGUGAUGCCUGUGCUGGAUCAGAUCAUCUGAAUGUCCCUCCACUCAAUCUUCAGAGCAGCUUCAAGCCAUCUAUGCCGAAUGAAGAAGAAACUACACAACCUACUUAUUAGUACUUAUCUUUGCUGAAGAAGAAGGUCCAGUUGACCGAAUCAAAUGUCUGGGAUAUGUCAAGCUUAAAAAGAAUUUUUGGCCGUUUGACCCUUUUUAGCAACAUCGCAGUGGCAUGAACCAGCUUGAAAUUGUCAUGGAAGGAGUAGCCAGUGAUGAACAGUUAUGGCUGGCCGAGAUGAUGGAGUUCAGAGGCGAAUGGCCAUAGCUUUGGUUAAAACCUUGCCUAUACUAUGUGUAAGGUUGAUGGGUCGGAAAUAUGAGGCGGCUGCAGCUUGCUCCUUCUUCGGCAACAAAGUGAUGAAGGCACUAUUCAGGCGAGCUAACCCCCGGUGAUCACUAGUGUUGAAGGUGUUGAUCGCGAGAAGGACAUCGUAUUUAAUGAUCGGCCAAGUGGCUUGAUAGAAUUCAACGGUGAAUCCAUUGGGCCCCGGCGCCUUGACUGGAUAUCAAACUAAUAUGUACAGACUCGACUGGAUAUAUGAAACUAAUAUAUGUAGAUUUAUCUUAAAAAGUAUUUUCAUAAUAUUACUAUUUAUAA